AUGGAGUUGGAGGAAGAGUCAGAGGAUGAGUUUGAGACUCAAUCUUUGGCUCCGUCCGAGAUCGCCCCUUCCGAGGAAGGGGAUGAGAAGGGACGACAGAAGAAGCGUGGUUGGGGCGGAGCAAAAAAGUUGCUUGGCAAAGGCUUGAAGAAGAUUAGAGGCAAAAGUUCACAAACUGGAAGCCUGACACCUCCAGUUGCAACGUCACCGGUCAGCUCCUUUGCAUCCACCCGCAUGGCGAACAGGACUCCGUCACCUUCAAGGCCGCCAACGCCAAAGGAGUUAAUGGUUCAGGCUUCAAGUGAUGAGUUGCUCCAUGCAGCGGAAGGCAUCCAGUCGGCAGCGGAGGACUUGGACAAGGAGACCAUGAAGUGCAAAGAAUAUGCGGAGGCGAUCUCAGAAUGCAUGGCAAUGCAUCGGGGUGGGCCCUUGCGGGCAGCACAAGAGGCUAUUCGAGAAGGAGUAUGCGCUCUUGAGGAAUGGGCUGAUGAAGUUCAAGAAGCCGCGGAGCGUGCAGAGCUUCAGAGCUUGGCCACCUCAGUCGGUGAUGCUCCGUCAAGUGACAGUGACCACGAAUGGGAACCUGAGGUUCUGUCAAGGCCUUCAGAUGAGGCUGAGGUGCAAUCUGUGGAUUUCUUGGACCAGAUUGCAAGGGACAUAAAGGCUCUGCUGCAACAGUUGUCGCCUGAACUUCUGCUGCGGCAUCUGAGGAAAAGAAGCAACAGCUCAGGAGACGCUGGCGAGAACGCGAUAGAGGAGCUGUCGGAGGAGGAGCUCCUAGCUGAGCUGCAGCACUUGAGUGACAUCAACGACAGCCUGAAGCUUUCCGCCCAAAGCAUGGGCACCACUGCGAUAGCCAGCCGACUCCGGCACUUCACUGCUGCACUCGAAAAGAAAGCUUUGUGGCUGGAAGACAUGACAGCUGCAGCUACUAGUGCUCGCAGGCACUAUGGGUCAUAUGCUAGCUCCUGUUCGUCAUCCGCUUCAGGGUCGGAAGCCCUCGGGGCGUCGCAGCAGACGAGCUAUGCCACUGCAUUGGCAGAGUCGGCCGAGUUGCACUCUCCCAAAGCCGCUGAGGCCUCAACCGGAGUGGAAGGAGGCUCAGCCAGACCAUCGAUGACGGAAAUUUCAGUCAACAGGAGCCGGGAUGUUCCAGAAAGCAGUACAGGUGAAGCUUUGUCGCCGUCAUUUGGGGCUGUCCGAAAAGGAUUUCUGGAUGAUCCCCUCAGAGAAGGGGCAGAUGCUGUUGAUGCUGUUGCCGAAGUCACGCUGAACCCCUUCGAAGACACGAAUCCGUUUAAAAGUGGCUCUGGCUCUGAGCCCACGAACCCCUUCGACACAAGAGAGAACUGUGAGAAAUCCAACCCAUUUACGACCACCACUUCAGAGGAACCUGAAGGUACUGACAAUCCCUUUGGUGAUGUCGAGUCCGAGAAGGGCAUCGAAGGUUUUGCCAGCCCUCUGCAAAAGGAAGUGAAGGAGCUUCGGUCUGAUGUGACUGAGAGUCCCGCUAGUUUGACAGAGGCUUGUGCCUACAGACCUGCCUUGCCAAACAAACCAGCAUAUGUGGAAGCGCUGUCGAAGUCGGAGCCCAACAGCCAGCCAAGUACACCUCGGGUCACAUCCAUGACCCCAGGUGCUGCAUCCAGUGUGCAGGUGUGGCAGACGUCUCCUCGACAGCUUCAAAGUGGGCUGGCAGGAUGUCUUUGCAAUGUGCAGUCUCCUAGCCAGAAAAGCAACGAGCUUGAUGAUGAACUGAAGCAGGUCAUUGAUGCACCAAGUUUGGAGGCUGCUCUGGCCAAAAGUGAUGCAGCUCUCGCGAAAGGCCGAUUAGGCAACGGAGACUACUGGAACUGGGAUUGGAGAGAUCAUCUAGCGGAGGAAGCGCACCAACUCCUUCGUUACAGCAGCCAUUCACUCUCAGAUCUCUUGACUGAAGAGGACUGGGGAUACUUCUCGUAUGAGCUGCUGCUUCUAUGCCGACAUCUUCUUCGAGAAGGCCCAGCUCUUGAUCAAGUUGCAGCUCUUAUCCCAAUUUGUCGUGUUCGUUUGGGCAUCAAUACUCAGCUUCAUCACCAUAUCGUGGAGCUUUCUCGACCAGACAGUGAGGCGUUCUCUCCGCUCGAUGUUCGGUACAGGGCGGCUUUGCUCCUGCGGCUGUGGUCACAGUGGGAGACAUUUGAGUAUGCCACUGUAGCAGAUCCUUCCAAAGACUGGACAGCGCAGUGGAUUUACAUGCAGCUGAGAAUCCUGAGGGGGAGUGUGAUUGAACGGGCCAUGCAACUUCACCAAGAAGGAUGUGAUGAUGUUGCUUCGUGCAGGCGCUGCUUCCAAGCAAUCAGAGAGCUGAAUCAGAUUGCGCUCAGUGGUGACUGGGGCCGCCCACAACCAGUUGAUAGGCUGAGUGAAGUUAGCGGCAGACGUCUGCUGACAAACCUGUGCAGCGAAUUGGAUGUGUUGGCGCCGGGCGAAAGCUGGUCCUUCAACGUGGUUUUUGCAGCUCGAGUCUUCAGCACACUCUGGCGUGCUGCAACUGACAACGAGGCGGAGGAUUGCCUCAGCCUUGAUGCUCCCAAUGCAGCUGCUGCAUUGCUUUCUGGGCUUCACCCACAUUUGGCUCCUUUGCAGCUGGGAACCCACGCUUUGCUCCUUGCGCAACAGGUUUGGGCGGCCGCUUUCUCUUCCGGUGCUCAGCUCUCGGCACAAGCGCUGGUGAUGUCAGAAAGCAUUGUCAGUGACUUCUCACGGUGGCUGCAGAAGACGCCAGUGGAUGCAGCUUCAUGCUUUGCCCGGCAAGGCGUCUCCUCCACCCGCAAUCUGCCGCUGGAAUUGGUGGCCAAACGUUUGUUGACGGUGGACUUGAGGGACCAGCUGAUCCAGACGCUGAGGGACUAUCGCCGGCAUUACGAGCCUGUGGCCUUCGCGCCAGUCUUGCGGCUCUGGGCCCGAUGCUACAGAGAGAUGCGGUGCUCAGAACUGGCCGGCAGAGAUCGACGCACAAGUGAGGACACAGAGCUUGAGCAGGAUCCAGCUCUUUCCGAGAAGGCCACGUUCAUGAGAGAUGAGGAAUCUGAAGAGCUCUUGGGACAGUUUGGGCAAUGGUUCGUAUGGGAGUCCAGCAGCAAGGCAGCUGAGCUGGCUUUGCAUCCCUUUGACGAACCACCUCAGGUUCCACCCGGCGAAGAGGCCUGGAAACGACUUGGCCCCAAAAUCAAGAACUACCUCCAAGGACUCACUGGUGCAGUGCAAUCCUUGCUGGAUGAGUUGGAAUGCGAGAAGUCCUUCUACAAUGAGGCUUGGGCUGCACAAGGACUUGGCUCUCGGCAUUUGUCGGUGGCAUCAAGUGCUAUGGUGGCAGCAGUGAGACCUCGUGUGGAGCGGCUCAAGCUGGGGGUGUGGCCAACGGAGUCAUCUGUGCUGGAAGUGCCACCUGGUGGAGGGCGACUCAUUCAAGUGCUGGAGGCCUUGGACCGGGAAGCCAGCAGGCAUCGUGAGUCUAAAGCCAUCUUUGAACCUCUGGUGGACAUCCUUGUGCCUCACGUUACUGCGGCGCUGACGCACAGCCUGAACACCUUAGACAGGGACAUCACCUCUCAUGCCUUGGACGGCAACCCGGAUGCGAUCUUUGUUCCUUUGCAGCCACCAACCACGAUCUUUUGCGAGGCAGUAGUGACACUCUGGAGAUUUAUCCACGAUGCUUUGGAUGCUCCCUUGAGCCUUGGAUUGCCUGUGGACAUUGUUACAAGCCCCUUCAUGGUCUUUCUCAAGGAGGUGUUGCCUCGCAGCAGUGAGCGGCUCUUGCGUUCUUGCGAAAAAGGAGAAGCGUUCAGGAUGUCCAGUCGAGCUGCCAAAGUUGCUGCGGAGCUCAAGUACACCAAUUGUCAAAUUGACUCGGACCAGGAGGAGGUGGCUGGCAAGGCCGAUGACACAAAGCGAUCUGGGAGGAGCAGGAGAAAGCUUUUUACCAGAGCUGACAGAAGCUUCGUGGAAGAAACAAAGAAUGUCACGCUUGAGGCCAAUCUGCUGGAAGUGAAUCCACAAGUGGUGGUGACAUCUGUUCAACAGGUCAUGGUCCGCCUGGCUUCCAUCGGAUUCUGCUGCGGCGAGCUGGCUGAAGUCCAGGCGAAGCUCUUCAAGAUGAUCAAUUCUGGAGAUGAUGAUGGCUGUCCAACGGCUCGCCACAACGAAGCUCGGAUGCUGAUUUGUGAGGAGCUUCCAGACUUGCAGGAAACCCUGUUGUAUCAGGGACAGACGUUGGCCAGGUAUCUGGCAGCUCGUUUGGUUUACCACGAGUUGCGGUCAGAGCUUUUCGAAAAGCUCUACUUCAAGACUCCUGUGAUGACCACAGGUCCGGGUAGCCCAACGCCGUCUGCAAGCUUUACACCGGGGAGCUUCACACCCAGGAGUGCCACACCAGGUGCGGCCACGAAUGCAACAACGGGCUCAUUCCUCCAAGAGGGCGGAGCCUUGCUGACACUGAAGGAUGUGGUCCUCAGUCGGCAAAACAGCUUUCUGAGCUUGAUUGAGCAGACCCCUACCAUUCUGCUCGUGAGCUUCGUGGGCGAGCUGGGCAUUGAGUUGACCCAUGCGUGGCUAUAUGUAAUUGUCGACUACCUUCGCAAACAGAAGCUGGACCAGAUUUAUGACUACCUGGAGAGCGAUCAAGAAGCUUUAAGUCGAUCGAUUGAAUCGAUGAUGCAAAUGACACGCAAACGGGUGCAGACUACAGCUCUAGGAGGCUUGACCCAUGAGGACUGUCGGAAUGUGGAGAAGAGGCUUGAAGAGGUGCAGCGGCUCUCACAGUGCUUGAUUGAAGAAAUCCACUCUCGAACGGCCGACGAGCUGGCUCGCUAUGCGGCGAAGGUUCGAGGAGAAGCAGAUGGCGAUACCUUCGCACGUGAACGGUCCACAACACCACCCCCAGGUGUCAAACCCCAACCCAGGUCUACAUCUCCAGCAAACGCUCGGACCCAAUCAUUCCCCCACGGUGAAGUCCUGCUUUCCCCGCGGUGUCCCUCUCCGCAGCUGCCGGACAGCCCAGAUGGUGGGAGUAGCAAAAGGUCUGCGAAGCAGUUGUUUCAACAAGCGUGGAAAGCGACAAAGCGGCUUGGCAAAGGGCACAAAGAAAAGCACGAAGGGCACAACUAA